AACGGUACAGGAAACCGCAACCUGAAACCUGAAAAAAGCUAAAACCAAAAUGCAAAGUUCGAAAUCGUUUUUAAUACGCGACCUGCUGGGAGACCUGAUCAAUCGGCGGCAAACGGCGGAUUCGGACAUCGAACUCUCCAACGAUGAUUCGGACAUUGAUAUCGAGGAUCGUUCCACUCCGGACUCAACGGCUCACGGCUGCCAGCAGGAUCUGCUGCUGUCCCAUCACCAUUUUCACCACAACGACGACUCCAGCGUGGAGUCUUGCGGCACGGCCACACCGGGUCCGGGCUCGGGCUCGGGCGUUGGCGUGAGUGCGGGUCUGAGUGCCGCAGCUGCAGCGGCGGGCGUGGCAGCCGGCCUACUGGCAGCGGCGGCCAGCGGUGCCAGCAGCAGCGAUCCAGCCGCUGGUGGCGGCGGCGGCAGCAGCAGCUACGCGGAUCACAAGCUACAGAUGAGCAAGAGCGGACGCAAGCCGAGGCGGCGACGCACGGCCUUCACCCACGCCCAGCUGGCGUAUUUGGAGCGAAAGUUUCGGUGCCAGAAGUACCUCAGCGUGGCCGAUCGCAGCGAUGUGGCCGAGACGCUAAAUCUGUCCGAAACGCAGGUGAAGACCUGGUACCAGAAUCGACGCACCAAAUGGAAGCGACAGAACCAGCUGCGUCUGGAGCAGUUGCGCCACCAGGCCACGCUCGAGAAGGACUUUGGUGUGCCCGAGGGCGGUGGUGGUGGCGGGGGCUUGGGCUGCUGCCCCAGCGGCUUGAGCAGCUCGUUCAGUGCCGCUGCUGCCGCGGCUGCUGCGGCCAGCAAUCCGUGCAACUUCUUGACCUCCGCCGCAGCGGCGGCAAUAUUCCGGAAUGUGAGCUAUGUGCACGGCUGCCCCAUGUAGAGAGGCCCCAAACAAUCUGAUACCCAGAUAACCAGUGGCCUAUUUGUAUAUAUAUAUUAUGGGAAAUUUAAAAAUGGUUCUUGUGCAAUAACAAAUCCCAAUGU